AGCCAUUUGUUGCACAGUGCAGAGACUCGCAUCCACUUCUGCCGACUCGCCUUCUUCCACCAUUUCGAUGGCAGAGACUCGCAAGGAGAUCGAUGAGACGGAGGCCUUUGGCGGCUUGGACUCCUGUUCGGGAGUGCGCUGCAACGGCGAUGGGCUGAUUGGACUGAAGACCUAUGAUUGGAAGUAUUUGUGCACUCCAUCCCUGCCCUGCUUCGGACCGGUGAAGGCUCCACCACUUCUGAAACCUGGAGCGAAACUUCCACUGCUGGUGGCCAUCAUCAUGGGUCUUCAACACUCCUUGGCCAUGCUGGGUGGAAUCAUUACGCCCCCCUCCCUCAUCGCAGGAGAUGCUUGCUUCAACGGCGAUGCUGAUCUUUGCAACUCCAGGCAGUACAUGAUCUCUGCCGCUUUGAUCGCCUCGGGCCUCUUGUCCUUGGUGCAGAUCUUGCGUUGGAAGCUCAUCGGCGGCUACACCCUCGGCACGGGCCUGAUCUCAGUCAUGGGCGUGUCCUUUACAUUCCUGCCUAUUGCGCGGGAAGUCGUGGUCUCCGAGAUUGCCGCGGGAAACUCUGGAAAAGAUGCGUAUGGGAAGUUCUUGGGAACCUGCUUGGUGGCCUCCCUGACGGAAAUCUUCAUCUCCUUCGUGCCUCCGAGGAUCUUGAAGAAGCUCUUCCCACCGGUGGUGAGCGGCACCUGCGUGACCCUGAUCGGUGCUGGGCUGAUUGGCUCCGGCAUCAAGUACUGGGGAGGAGGUGUCUUCUGCGCCGAGAACGACAUGUCCCGCUCUGCCGCCUUCGGUGGACCGCAAAUGUGUAGCGGGAACGGCGAUGUGGUCUUGCCCUAUGGAGCUCCUGAAUACAUUGGUUUGGGCUUCAGUGUCAUGAUCUUUCUGAUCUUCAUCCAAGCCGUCGGAUCUCCCUUCCUGAAGAAUUGCUCUGUAGCCUUGGCUCUCUUCUUUGGAUACUUCUGCGCAGGGGUUGCCUUCAAGACUGAUGCCACCUCUGGUGAGGCCCUGGCCUUUGUGAACACCAACAAGAUCGACGCUGCGGGGACCUUCACUUUUCUUUGGACCACCACCUUCAACAUCGGCUUCUAUCCUCCUGCCUUCCUUCCACUGGUCUUGGGUUUCGUGAUCACUUCCGUGGAAACCGUGGGUGACAUCCAAGCCACCUGCGACGUCUCGGGCUUGCCCUUGGAGGGCCCGGAUGCUGAUUCUCGUAUUCAAGGAGGUUUGCUGGCCGAUGGUUUGAACAGCAUCUUAGCCGUGCUCAUGACUUCGCCUCCGAACACCACCUUCUCCCAGAACAACGGAGUCAUCGCCAUCACCCGCUGUGCCUCCCGUGCUGCGGGUAUCGCCUGCUGCAUUUGGCUCAUUCUCUUCGGAUGCUUCGAGAAGUUUGGCGCCUGCAUCGCGUCCAUCCCCGACUGCGUCUUGGGAGGCAUGACCACCUUCUUGUUCGCCAACGUCUUCGUCUCUGGCAUCAACAUCGUCGGUGCGGGUGGUAUGGGCCGCCGCACACGCUUCAUCUUGGCGGUGGCCCUGGGUGUGGGCGUCGGAGUGGCUGCCAUGCCCAACUGGGCCGAAGGUGGCGGACUUGCAGGAUUCCACGGGCAGAACUUGAAGCACAACAUCGGUUUGUGGCCUGCCAGCGAUGUGUGCGAUGUGUUCCCGACGAUUACAGUGGAGACGACACCUGCACAAUGUCAAGUGGGAGCAUAUACCUCGAACACCAUGUCCCAAGCGGACUGUACCGCUGUGUCUGGUACAUGGACUGCCGCUGUGACCACGCAACAGACCAUCAAGACUUGUCCAGGCAAGUCGGGUGGCUGCUGCGUCAAGUACAACGAAGGAAAGAAGAUGUGGCGUGACUCCUUGAUCAUCAUCAUGAAGACACCAUACUGUAUUGGUACCUUGCUGGCGCUCUUCCUGCACUUACUUCUUCCCUUUGAGACUGAAGAGCUUGACGAGACCGCUGAGCCCUCCGGACCUGCUCCGGCCAAGGGCACCGAGACAGACGUCUAAGACGUCGGCAGCACCGUGAUGAAGUCGUUCUUCUUCCGUCGAGGUCCUUCGCACGUUCCCCAUGUUUUGCUCAGCAAAGCGUCCGAAACGACUGCAUGUGAGAAAC